UUCUGACUCAACAGUUUAUCCUGUUAGUUCAAUCUGGGACAGGAAACUGUGACAGGAGGGAGCGCACAAACUGCAACAAUGGUGCUAUUCAUGCUUGAGUGAGGCCGAACUGACAGUCAAAUGAAGCUCCUCUUCCUCCUGCAGAGACAGCACACUGCUGCACCUGCGCUCCACCUGUUCCUGCCAGACAGAAGAGGAUGGAGAAGAGACUGGGUGCUGACUUGCAUGCAGAGGCAGCAGAGGGGGGCCUGAAGGAGCUGGUCUUGUCCUGGUUCCAGGAGACACAGGCGCCGCAGAUGAUGAGCGAUGGAAACUUUCCCGUCUGGUUCCAGGGCCUCGCUCCAAGAAAGCAUGCAGAAGAUCUUCUGAGAGAUAAAGGAGUGGGUUCUUUUCUCAUUCGCCUGAGUGAUAAAGCCAUUGGUUACAUCCUGUCCUACAAGGGCCAAGACCGGUGUCGUCAUUUUGUCAUCACUCAGAACCAGCAUGGGCAGUUUAUGGUAGCUGGAGACUGUGAGCUGUUUGGGAGUCUGAAUGAACUGAUAGAGCACUACAGGGUCAGCCCCAUUCAGCCGUUUGGGGAAUGUCUGACUUUCAGCUGUUGUGAGGAAGACGCAGAGGAUCUGUAUGACAUGGUAAAUGUGCAGAGAAAAUCGGAGGUCAGUGUGCAGGCUCUGCGGAAAAUGUGGCAGAAAAGUGAAUCAAUAAAAAAGCAAGACUAUCAGCAUCAAAAUGCUCCGGCUCAGACUCCUGAUCUGCCACCUAAAUCUAGACCCAGGAAGCUGAAGGGGACCGUAUCUGUAGACGGUCUACCCCUCUCACAGGAUGCAUCAAAGACCCCAAAACCAGACUCCUCCCUGGGUUCCACUCUAGGAGAAACAGAAGCACAUACAGAUGAAGGCCUGGCCAACCUCAGCACAACUUACCACCGGUUUAAGGGAAGCACAAACCCAAUGUCAAGCAGAGACUUAGGAGGCUCCAUGGACACCAGCUACCCUGCCACCCUUUCCCCAGCAGGUGAUUCGUUCUCUGAGCUGAACCAUGAGGAGGGCAGGUGCCAUUCCCUUCCACAGUUGAAUAGCAGCACAAAGGAGGAAGAGAACCCGUCCCAGCUCGACAGCCCCUCUCUUUCUAAAAAGAAAUUUACUUGCCAGACAUAUUCUCUCCAUGCUCCAUCUACAAGUUUACUGCUGACACAGCAGGAGUUCUUUGAUGAGGGAGACCUGAAGCUCAACCCACUUUAUGGGUCCUGUGAGGGUUCUAAAGGAACGACAGCUCAGCAAGAAGCUGACACGUAUGAAGAGGUUCCUAAAGAACCAACGUCAGCAGAGCAACCUGAUGACACGUAUGAGCCCAUCCCCAGAGAGGCCACGGCUGACCAUGCCAACACUUACGAGUCACUGCAAGACCUAAAGACCAAAACAUCCAAACCCAAUAAGCAAAAAAAUGUAAGUAUGGGAUUGGCUAAUGCUAGCACUGAAAACUGCUAUGGUCAACCUGAUAGUUUGCUUGUUUUCUGUUUAUAGAACAAGACGUGGAAGAAGUUUCUCCCUGAUUACAAGAAAAAAUAAGGGUCACGUUUUUUGUUUUUUUUUUGGAUUGCCACAAGUCAAUAUUUUGAAUAUCCUACUUUUCUUGACCCAAAUAAAGAGAUUAGUUUAUGAGUUAAACACUUUGUCAGACAUACAGAAUGUCUAACAGCCUCCAGGACUGACAUGGCUAUUCAUUCAUUCAUUCAUUCAUCUUCCUGACCGCUUCAUCCCUUUCGGGGGUGCCGGAGCCUAU